AGGGAGACACGAGGCCGAUAGGGACAAGUAUAAAGUCAGCAUGGGUCUGUGCUUAGUCGGAGUGCAGAUCGUGUGUCGAAGCACUAGUCGUGGGCCUCCUCUCCCUGGGCCAAUAACAUUCGUCCUUUCACGUGCGGAAUUCGAAGCUCGAUCAAGGCUGGUCACCUGGUUUUCUUUCCCCGCGUUCAUUUUUACUGGUCGUGAAAGUGGGAACUCGCUAGACUAGACCGGACGAAAUAAGAAACCACGGCCGUUUCUCUCCUUUCCCUCGCUACAGUGUAGCUACGAGCGCAGCCUAAAUAAAAUCUAACGAGUCUCUAGUCCGCAGCGGGGGCUCAACAGUUGACAAUCGUUUCUCAACGUCGUGGCAAUAAAAAUAUACAUUGAAAUGCUAACCUGCUACGUCACCGCGAUUCAAUGCGAGUGGAUGCAAAAUCGCGGACGUCGCGGGUCGAAUCUGGACUCGCGAUUCAAGGCGAUCACCGCGGGAAACAACGUGAACGUGGAGGGAGCCACCCACAAGCAAGUGGUGGAUUUGAUCAAGUCCGGUGGCGAUGUACUAACGUUGACCGUCAUCUCCGUUACGCCGCAGGAAGCAGAGAAGCUGGAACCAUUUGAGGAUUUAAGUUAUGCAUCGGUGGACUACAGCGAGAAGCGAUCCCUACCUAUCAGCGUGCCGGAUUAUCACGUCCGCGAGAGGAAGCACGAGCGUUAUGUGGUUUUCAACCUUCACAUGGCAGGCAGGCAUUUGUGCUCGCGACGUUAUCGUGAAUUCGCCGCUCUGCAUAUGGCGUUGAAGAAGGAAUUUAUCGGCUUCAACUUCCCUAAGCUGCCGGGGAAAUGGCCAUUCCAAUUGAGCGAGCUCCAACUGGACGCGAGGCGACGCGGGUUAGAACAAUACUUGGAGAAGGUUUGUGCGGUGCGUGUAAUUGCCGAAAGCGAUAUCAUGCAAGAAUUCUUGGCUGAUAGACUGGAAGAGGACGGGGAUCAAGGUCCAGCGGUUGAUUUGAAAGUAUUGUUGCCGGACCGCGAGGUUGUUACCGUUACGGUUGCUAAGGCUGCCUCUGUCAGCGACGUGUACGACGCAGUUUGCAGCAGAGUGGGUCUAGACGCGGAAACAGCGAAAUACUUUUAUCUCUUCGAGAUUGUCGAAUACAAUUUCGAAAGGAAAUUGCAACCUCACGAGCAUCCUCACACGCUGUACGUUCAAAAUUAUUCGACCGCCAGCGUGACGUGUUUAGCAAUAAGAAGGUGGCUUUUCAAUGUAAAUAGACCAUUGAGCGAGCAGGCGUUAACCUGGAUCUUCUGGCAGACGGUGGACGAAGUUAAUAGGGGACACAUCACCGCCGGUGAAAGAUUGUACCAGUUGAAAGCAUUGCAAGAUGCGUCGAGGAAACACGAGUACCUAAAAUUAGCGAAAGAAUUGAGCGGUUACGGCGACAUAGUGUUCCCUCACUGCGCGUGCGACUCGCGGAAGGAAGGACACGUUGUUCCCGCCGUAGGCACGCCGGCAUUCAAGCUACACGCGGCGAAGGAAGACGGCACUUUGGAAUCUCAAGUUGUUGAAUUUCAAUGGAACAUCAUCACACGAUGGGAGGUAGACGAGGAAGGAAUGGCGUUCUGCUUUCAGUAUACGCGUCAAGACAACCGUCCACCACGUUGGCUCAAGCUUUUCACACCUUAUUACACGUUCCUGUCAGAUUGUUUCAAUCGAAUAGCCGAAGAAGCGAAAUGGGACGAUCCAGGCGAAUGAGGCAACGCUCGGCAUUAAAAGUCACGUAUGGUGCAUAAUAAUAGCAAAGGUAUCGUUUCAUCGGACACAUUUCACUUAUCUUUGUAGCAAGGACUUUUUGAUUAGGAUUACUUUUUCUAAGGCGAUUCGGAAACUAAUAAGACACACUAAUCAUAUCGGACUCUUGCUUUCGAAUACGCAUUGCAUUACGUAUCAUUGUACACUUCUUUUAUGGUGUUUCAAACACGAAAUGCGCUGCUCGAUAAUUAAUUACUUCUCUUUUCGUCUUGUUCUAAACAAGGUAUAGCAAACAUCAGCAUCUAGGUGAUAAUGACAAUUCUAUCGUAGAUUGCGGUACUUUAGUUAAGGA